AGAAUUCAACCUGACAUUUCUGGAAAGAGGUAAAUUUUGUUGAAACUCCAUUUGAUUUCUAAUACCUUAUCAGUUUUCACUGUGAUAUAUUUCUUUAAAAUAGAACAAUUAAAAUCGAUUCUUUGGUAUGUCUUUUUGUGUUUUUUCUUGUAGUUUAUGAAAUACUUUAUUAUCGAUUAUGUUUAUUUAUAGUUUAUCAGAUUGUCUGUAUAUCCUAUAAAUCUGGUUUAAUGCGUUUGAUUUGGAAUGGCGGAGAAAACAAUGUGACUGUUAAUAUGUGCAACAAUUAAUUAUUUUAUUAAAUUUUGUAUGUAAUACAAGUGUACUUUAUUUAAUGUGUAUGUAGGUUUAAUAAUCAUUAAAUUUGCAAUACUUUUUUAUAAAUUAAAUGGCCGAUGAUUUAAUUUAAUAUGUAUGAAUAUUAAAUAAUCUUGAACUAGUGUUAAUUAUUUAUGUAUUUUACAGUGAAAUGGUUAGUAUAGACCUAAAUGGUGAACCAGAGGCCGACGAUGGUACUGUUGUCAAUUUUACUACGCCGAACCCCCCUAAAGAAGGAAUGCGUUUUGACUCCGGUUUUGAAUUUAGUGAAUUUUGUCACCGCUAUGCUUACAACGAAGGUUUUGAGAUGUUUGUGAGUAGUGAUGAGAUAAAGAAAGAGUAUAAGGAUAAGGGUGUAAGUAAGAAAGGUAUAGGAGAACUUGAGGCUAAGGCGCAUAUGAUGCAACGAAUAAGAUUAAAAUGCAAGAAGGGAGGUGUUAAAAAAAGCGAGGGGUCUAAUGUUACAGGUUGCAAAGUCUUUGUUUAUGGUUCAUGUAAAAAUGGAGAGUUUAUAGUUGUUAAUUGUCAUUUGGUGCAUAAUCACCCUCUAAGCCCCGAAUGUAGUCGAAUGAUGGUUAAUUACCGUAGCAUUGAUGGAGCUACCUUCGAUAGGAUAAUGAUAAAUGAAAGGGGGGGUGUGAGCGUUAGUAGAAACUUUGGCACUCAACUGAUUGAAAAAGGUGGUUUUGAUAAUAUUACGUUCAACAAAAGGGAUGUUAGAAAUGCCAUAGCUGUUGAACGUCGUAAAACAAUGUUUGAGGAAGGAGAUGCUGCCAGUCUUGAAAAGUAUUUCAAAUCACAACGAGAAUUGAAUAGCGAUUUUUAUAGUUCUAUGCAACGAGAUGAAGACGGUAUUUUAAAGAACGCAUUCUGGUCUGAUGCGCGUAGCAGAGGAACUUGCAAAUACUUCGGGGAUGUGAUUAGUUUCGACACCACCUUCUCUAGCAAUAGGUAUCGUAUGCCGUUUGCCCCUUUUGUUGGCGUCAACCACCACGGGAAAUCAAUUGUAUUCGCCGCCGCUUUAAUAUCACAUGAAGAUACUGAAACUUUUGUUUGGGUUUUUGAGGAAUGGUUGAAGUGCAUGGGAAAGCCUCCGAAGGGCAUUUUACCCGACCAAGACAAGGCAAUAGGUAAGGCAAUUAGCCUAGUUUUCCCAGGUGUUCCACACCGUCUUUGUUUGUGGCACAUGCUACAGAAUGCCUCUCGGAACCUUGGCAAACUUGCUGAAUGGAAAAGCAUUGAUACACUUAUUAGAACGGCCGUUCAUGAUAUGCUCGAUCCUGAGGAGUUUGAUGAGGCUUGGUGUCUUGUGAUGGACACAUAUAAUCAACGUAAGGGCUGGAUGCUGGAUGCUUACGAUAACCGUCAACAAUGGGCUCCAGCCUACAAUAGAGGUAGAUUUUGGGCCGGAAUGUCAUCAACACAGCGAAGUGAAGGUAUGAAUCGUUACUUCAAAACUCAAGUAGACCUAGAAUGUGGAUUGCUGCAGUUCAUUAAAAACUAUGAGUUUUGUAUGAAUAUAAAGGCAGAGGAAGAAAAGGAGGAUAAUUUUGAUUGUGUAGAUAAGCCUCCUCAAAUUGAUGUUGACAAGAGUGUGUUAGCUGAGUACGUUUUCCAUAAGGUUUACACCAACGAAAUGUUUGCUGAUAUCGUGCGUGAGCGUAAAGGUUUAACCCACACAAAUGUUACCAAAAUUGAUGCAAUAGGAUCACUUAUGUUGUAUAGAGCUGAUGAGAAACUGACCUCCCCUCAUUGGAGGAAACGGUUCAAAAGCUACACCGUUAAAGUAGAUAAGGUUAUAGGAGAGGUAAGUUGUUCAUGUCAGUUGUUUGAAUUUAGAGGUAUUCUAUGUAGGCAUAUACUCAAAGCCAUGGAUGUGGAGGAUUUUCAAUUUAUACCUGAGAAAUAUAUACUAGAUAGAUGGAGGAAGCAAGUUAGGUCUUAUGAGAGCUUGAGGGUUUCAUACUAUGAUCCGGAGGAAUCAAGACGGCUAGCAAAAGCUAAAGAGCUAUCUUUAAGGCACAAUUAUUUGAAAGAAUUGGCCAUGCAUAAUGACGUUGCAUACAAGCUGUAUACGGAAGCUACUAAUAUUGUUAGGCUAAAAAUGGAGGAUGCGGUGGGGAUACGUAAAACGGGUGACCAAGGAGAUACGUCUAUUGUGUGGUGGGAUCCUGAAGCACGUAAUGUGUUUGGUCGUCGUAGGUUAAGGCCAAGAGAGUGUAAUGAGCGUGCUUUAAAAAGGACAGUUCAACCCGUUCAAGAUGAUGUGAUUAAAACCCCUGUUGAUAAGAGGCAUGUUGGUAGGGCAAAGAAAGGACCUUGUUCAAUUUACGACAAAUCUAAGAAGAAACAAGCAUGUACGCACGCCGAGAUUGCAGCCAAUGAGGAACUUAUCGGCUCCAUGUAUGGGCAUAUUCCUAGCUACCGGGCUAGGCAAGAACAUGCAAACAACGUCAACGAUGAACGCGUACAUCCUUACUACAAUGGACCUGUGUUUGACGACAUUCCCGAAAGUUCGCAAAUAAAUUUAUGUGAAGAUAUAUCUCAGACUUUCGAUUACAAUACAUAUGAAUGGCGUACACGACUCGGCGGUCGACUUACAAUGUAGUUGUUCUUAUGUUGUAUUUGCUUUAGAUUUUGUGGGAUGUGGGAAUAUAUUCAUUGAUGUUUGCUUUGCAUUAAACUCGGGCAGUCUACUUUUACAUAUUCAAGUUAAUCCAAAAUGUUGCAUGCAUGGAUGUAAUUUAAGGAAAUCAAACUUUUUGUCAUUAGCGUGUAAGACUUGUAUUAACAAAAUAUUUCCAGAAGUGGUAUAUUGUGUUGAAAAA